AAAUUGUCGAUGGCAACGCCAAGAUGACCUUGGGUAUGAUCUGGACUAUCAUUCUUCGGUUUGCCAUCCAGGAUAUUUCAGUGGAAGAGACUUCAGCUAAAGAAGGACUCUUACUGUGGUGCCAAAGGAAGACUGCUCCUUACAAGAACGUCAACGUGCAAAAUUUCCACAUCAGUUGGAAAGACGGUCUUGCUUUUAACGCCUUGAUCCACAGACACCGACCAGAACUCAUUGAAUAUGACAAGCUCAGAAAGGACGAUCCAGUCACGAAUCUGAACAACGCUUUUGAGGUCGCGGAGAAAUACCUUGAUAUUCCCAAGAUGUUAGAUGCAGAAGACAUCGUCAACACGGCCCGUCCUGAUGAGAAGGCUAUUAUGACCUAUGUCUCCAGCUUCUACCAUGCCUUCUCUGGGGCGCAGAAGGCCGAGACCGCUGCAAACAGGAUUUGCAAAGUGUUGGCCGUCAACCAAGAGAAUGAGCACCUGAUGGAAGAUUACGAGAAGCUGGCUUCUGACCUGCUGGAGUGGAUUCAGCGGACCAUCCCUUGGCUGGAGAACCGGGUUCCCCAGAAGACCAUGCAAGAGAUGCAGCAGAAGCUGGAGGACUUCCGGGACUACAGGCGCGUCCACAAACCCCCCAAGGUGCAGGAGAAGUGCCAGUUGGAGAUCAACUUCAAUACCUUACAGACCAAAUUGCGACUUAGCAACCGGCCAGCCUUCAUGCCCUCCGAAGGAAGAAUGGUAUCGGAUAUCAACAACGGCUGGCAGCGCUUGGAACAGGCCGAGAAAGGUUUCGAAGAGUGGCAGCUGAAUGAAAUCCGGAGGCUGGAACGACUGGAUCAUUUGGCUCUGAAGUUCAGGCAGAAGGCGUCCAUCCACGAAGCCUGGACCGAAGGUGAGGACCCAAUGACCCCGGGGGUCCUCGAGUCUCCUUCUAGUGCGGCGUCCUUUUACCGACCUGCGACAGGGAUCCUCCGCAGAAAGAGCCACAUGCGGCUCCAGAGCCUUGGGUUGCCGACCCCUGGGGUAGACCUGAAGUGUGGCUGUGGAGAGGCGAUUAGGGUCCCACAAGAGAACUGUUUCCUGGUUACGUGCCCCGCCUAUCAACGUCCUCCCUUUUCUCUGCCCCACAGCGAGCUGGAUUAUUACGACUCCCCCAGUGUCAACGCCCGGUGCCAAAAGAUCUGUGACCAGUGGGACUCCCUGGGGUCCUUGACCCACACGCGGAGGGAAGCGCUGGAGAAAACAGAGAAGCAGUUGGAGACCAUCGACCAGCUGCAUCUGGAAUACGCCAAGCGAGCUGCGCCCUUCAAUAACUGGAUGGAAAGUGCAAUGGAGGACCUCCAGGACAUGUUCAUUGUCCAUACCAUAGAGGAGAUAGAGGGCUUGAUUGCUGCCCACGAUCAGUUCAAAUCCACAUUGCCUGAUGCUGACAGAGAAAGAGAAGCCAUCCUGGGCAUCCAAAGCGAAGCGCAGAAGAUCGCAGACUACAACAACAUAAAACUCUCUGGGAACAAUCCUUACACUUCGGUCACACCUCAGAUCAUCAACUCCAAGUGGGAAAGGGUCCAGCAACUGGUACCCAAGCGGGACAGCGCCCUUCAGGAUGAGCAGAGCAAGCAGCAGUCCAAUGAACGCUUGCGCCGACAGUUCGCCAGCCAAGCCAACAUCGUGGGGCCUUGGAUCCAGACCAAGAUGGAGGAGAUUGGGCGCAUCUCCAUUGAGAUGAACGGCACCCUGGAGGACCAACUCAACCACCUCAAGCAAUACGAGCUGAACAUUGUCGAAUACAAACCCAACAUCGACGUCUUGGAACAGCAGCACCAACUUAUCCAGGAGGCCCUGAUCUUCGACAACAAGCACACCAACUACACCAUGGAGCACAUCCGGGUUGGAUGGGAACAGCUCCUCACCACCAUUGCCCGGACCAUCAACGAGGUGGAGAAUCAAAUCCUGACCCGGGACGCCAAAGGAAUCAGCCAGGAGCAGAUGCAAGAAUUCCGGGCCUCCUUCAAUCAUUUUGACAAGGACCACGGCGGCUCCCUGGGACCCGAAGAGUUCAAGGCCUGUCUCAUCAGCUUGGGAUACGAUGUGGAGAAUGACCGACAGGGCGACGCAGAGUUCAACCGGAUCAUGAGUGUUGUGGACCCCAACAACAGCGGUGUGGUGACUUUCCAAGCCUUCAUCGAUUUCAUGUCCCGGGAAACAACCGACACAGACACAGCCGAUCAGGUCAUUGCUUCCUUCAAAGUUCUGGCUGGAGACAAGAACUACAUCACGGCGGAGGAGCUGCGGCGAGAACUCCCUCCAGACCAGGCAGAAUACUGUAUUGCCCGGAUGGCACCUUACCAGGGUCCUGAUACCAUUCCUGGGGCUCUCGACUACAAAUCCUUCUCCACGGCGCUGUACGGCGAGAGUGACCUGUGAGGGUGUGGUGGCGGCAGCAGCGGCGGUGGCGGCAAAGCGCUGGCACUUCUUAGGAAGGGAGGAGGGGAGGCCCAUUCCGUUUCCUUCCACACCGUAUCUUCGGUUUCUCUCUCUCUUUCUCUCUCUGCCUCCUCUUCUCACUCGCACACCCCCACAGCCACCAGGGACUACUCUUCCUCUCCCCCCAUGCUAUUUCUUCUCUCUGAAGACAAGUAGCUGCCUCCUCUCGUGUUUUCUUUUUCUAUUUUUUUUUUAAAAAUUGUGACUUCUACGAGCACGGUUACCUAUGCAACAGCCAUGGUUCUUUUUUCUUUUUUUUUUCCCCCUCCCCACUUUGGCAAGACACCCCCUUGUUUCCAGCCACUUCAGAGGGACUCAGCAGCCCCCCUUGAUAAUUGCGUCGCUGUGACGGGCGGGAAGAAUCAUGGGUGCCAGAGUGCCAAGUCCAGCAAAUGAGCGUCCAGAUACAGUUUGGGGAGGGGGCUUGUUCAACUUAUAUCCUUUGGUAUGGGG